AUGGCUGAGAAAGCACUUCCCAAAGGCAGCCUGGUUCUUGUCACAGGCAUCAACGGAUAUAUUGGAUCUCAUGUCGCCGAUCAGCUAUUGAGCCUUGGCUAUCGAGUUCGAGGGACAGCAAGAGACUCAACUAAACUCGCCGCCAUUUUGAAAAGGCUUAGGCAGAGAAAUGCGGCGGCUGAAGUGGAAGGGCUGGUUGUACCCGAUAUGCAGACUGCCGGUGCUUUCAAAGAGGCCGUAAAAGGCGCUGACGGAGUCGUCCAUCUCGCUUCCGAUCUAUCUUUCAACCCGGACCCCAAUGUGACGGUGACCGCGACAGUGGAAGGUCUACGAAAUGCUCUCACCGCGGCAUCGAGUGUGCCGAGUGUCCAGCGCUUUGUCUAUACCUCGUCAUCCAUCGCCGCCGUCAAGCCGACGCCCAACAAGCAGUUCCAAGUCGACUCGAACUCAUGGAAUGAAGAAGAUCUCAAGCUGGCCUGGGCACCUCCGCCUUACGAGCCAUCUCGUGCAUUCUCAGUCUACGGAGCAAGCAAAGUGGCGAGCGAAAGACUUGCUUGGGACUUCACCAAGGCCGUCAAAUUCGACUUCAACACAGUCCUUCCGAACAUGAAUGUUGGACGUAUUCUCGAUCCAUCGCAAAGCGCCUCUACAGCCGGGUGGGUUAAAGGACUUUACGACGGCGAUGAGGGAGCCUCUCAGAUACUUCAAGGGUUUCCACCGCAGUACUACAUCGACGUCGAAGACUGUGCCCUCAUCCACGUUGCUGCCUUGCUGGAGCCUGAUGUCAAGGAUGAGCGGUUGUUCGCGUUCGCUCGCCCUUUCAACUAUCAUGACCUGAUGGAAACGCUGAAGCAGAUUGACCCUUCGAGGACGCAAUAUCCACCCGCUUUAAACGACAACAGAGAUCUCAGCAAAGUUGCAAAUGGGAGGGCAUUGGAGCUUUUGAAGAGAUAUGGCAGGACAGACUUCAAGGAUCUGGAGAUCAGUCUCAAGGAACAAUUAUUGGCUUGA